GUGCUCGACGGAUUCCCUCCGAGUCUGACACCACGCCGCCAUGGCGCUCGCCCUCCUCUCGCCGGCACUCCACCACCCACUCCGCCCGCUCAACCCUCCACCACUCGCAUGCACCACCGGCUUCUCCUUCUUCUUCCCUCCCACCCCCCGCUGGCCCUCCUCGCUGCGGGCCAGCUCCGCGGCCGCCGGUGAUGGCGCCGGCCCGUCAGAACCGGCGGGAGACAGGCCCCUCGACGCCGACCUCCUCAGGCGGCUCUCUGCGGCCGCGGACGCCGACCAGGCGCUGGACAUUGUCGCGGAGACGCUGGGUGGGGCGGGCUCCGGUCCGAAAUCCUCCCUGGACGCGUCCGACUGCAACGCGAUCGUCGCGGCGGCGCUCGACCGCGGCAACGUCGACCUCGCGCUCUCGGUCUUCGAGGCCAUGCGGUCCGGCUUGGCGCGAGUGGGGCGCUGGAGCUGGGCGAGGCCGGACGUGCGGACCUACGCGCUGCUGGUCCAGCGGCUGGCGGCGGCUCUGCGUGUCUCUGAUGCUAUCAGGAUUGUCGGCUACGUCUCCCGUGCUGGUGCAUCUUCCGCAGAGGAGGUCCGGUUUGGGGUAACUGUUUGCUGUCCAACCUGUAUGGUGGCAAUUGCUGUUGCUCAGCCUCAGCAUGGAACACAGGUGGUUUCAUGUUCGAAGUGCCGGUACCAAUAUGAACUACUUUCUGGAGACAUUACAAACAUCGAAUCUGAAGAAGUGAGCAUGGACACUUCAGCUUUCAAGAAGGCGUUGCAGGUUAUAAAUUUGAUGAAAGAUGAUCUUCCAGCUGCUGUUCACUCUAUUGUGAUCCGCACACCCUCAGGUACAGCCCGCACACAUAGAUUUGCUACCAAGACUGUGGAACUUCCUGCUCAAGGAGGAGAAAGAGUGACCAUUUCCUUGGCUGCCCCAGCUAAUGUUUAUCGUGAAAUGGGUCCCCUCAAGAUCGCGGCACGCUCAAAAGGGUUUAGUCCAGGAGAACCCAUGUGCCUCACUAACCAUGUCAGUGGACAGGUCUCAAAGCUGCUAAGGGCGCCAUCAAAGAAUGUGGGAUCAUUUGUUCUUACUCCGUAUCUAUUUGUCGGUGCUCUUGCUUUGCUUGCUUCUGGAGAUGCUGUUUCUGCAUUCAUUGAUCCAAGUCUCCCUAGACUAAUUACAGCAACUGCCAUUGCAUCAGCUGCUGUAGGAACAACUCUAAAUCAAGUGAUCCUGCCAGAGACUCGAAAGCUUCCCCAAAAGGCAGUAGACAUAGUCGCUGUACGGCAGAAACUCUUGUCUCAGUAUGACAUGCUUCAGAGUCGUCUUACGGAUCUGAAACAGCUUACUGAAAAAGAGGUGUGGAUGCUUGCAAGAAUGUGUCAGUUGGAGAACAAGAUAUUAGCAGUAGGCGAACCAUCAUAUCGUGCUCGACGUGGUAGACUGAAGAAUGUACGAAAAAGCUUGGAAAGUACGCUGUUGGCAAAGAUUGAGCUGAUGGAAAGUUAUGCGAAAUUAUGUUCUAUGAUUGAAAUUGAAGUUGAGAUGGACUCUGAUGUUCUCGUUGCUGAAGCAGCUACUGGUGCAGAAAGGAUAUCAGAACAAAUUCAACAGUUAAUGGAGAUUGAUAGUCUUGAAGAGCAAUGGCGUAUACAAGCUGAGGCUAAUGAUGAAGCAGAAAGGCUUCUUAGCUCAGAUUCUUCGGAAGCAUUGUCUGCUGAGCAUGUAUAAUGAGAUUUUGCACAUUCCCGCGUACAGACACUCGACAGUACAGAUGAGGACAGGCUUAUAGAUGGAAAUAAAUGAAGUAUGCUUACAAGGAGACAAACAAUGCCAAAUCCCUGGAGAGCCAUGGGGCGUUCAAGGCAGUUCAAGGACUGGUGCUGAGUUUCCUAGUUGAUUUGCAGCAAAAAAUAUGAUGCUGGCAUGCAAAUGGCUCAAUGUAACCUCUUAACACCAUCGUGUUGAAUUGUGGGACUGUAAUUGUACAUAAGUGUGUAAACUGAAUCGCAUCUCUUUUUAUGCUGUGUGAAUGUUUGCAGAUCCUGUAAAUUGAUGUUUGUAAAGCAUGUCUGAAAUAAAUGGGUCCGAAAAACAACAAUUGAACUCCGUAA